AUGAAUCGAUAUCUGACGCUAAGUCAACUGGGAGACGGUACAUACGGUACCGUUGUCCUUGGCCAGCGGAAGGACACCGGCGAAAAGGUCGCCAUCAAGCGCAUGAAACGGAAAUAUUACUCUUGGGAGGAAGCCAUGAGCCUCAGGGAGGUGAAGUCGUUGAAAAAACUUUCCCAUGCCAACGUGGUAAAGCUGAAGGAAGUGAUACGGGAAAACGAUGUGCUGUACUUUGUGUUCGAGUACAUGCAGGAGAACCUGUACCAGCUGAUUAAGGAUCGUGAUACCCAUUUCCCGGAGGCCACCGUAAGACUGAUACUGCAGCAAAUUCUGACCGGGUUGGCGUUUAUGCACCGACACGGUUUCUUCCACCGCGACUUGAAACCAGAGAAUGUGCUGUGCAGCGGACCGGAAACGGUAAAAAUAGCUGACUUUGGACUUGCCCGGGAGAUACGCUCCCGGCCACCAUACACGGACUACGUUUCCACCAGAUGGUACCGUGCGCCAGAAGUGCUUCUACAUUCAACACGCUAUGGGAGUUCCAUAGACCUAUGGGCAGUAGGAUGUAUUAUGGCGGAAUUAUACACCUUUCGGCCAUUAUUUCCUGGCUCUAGCGAGGUGGAUCAGUUGUUCAAGAUAUGUUCUGUGCUAGGCACACCGGACAAGUCCGAUUGGCCUGACGGGCAUAAACUUGCUGCAACGAUUCAGUUCCGGUUUCCGGAGUGUCCAAAAAUACCAUUGGCCACCUUAGUGACACGUGCCAGUACCGCUGGUAUACAGCUGCUGGAAGAUUUGCUCCAAUGGGAGCCGGAGAAACGACCAACCGCACAACAAUCGAUGAAAUAUCCCUACUUUAGCACAGUGAAGGCACGAAACUCAGCGAAUAUCACAACAAACAGUUUAAUAAAACACAAUCAGCCACUUAAUGGUAACGCGAACGGUGGUCCAGCGGCUGGUGCACCGAAUGCUCGUUUAUCAAUCAUGGAACUAGAUACCAACUCGAGGAAUGCGCGCGAUGUAAAUGGAACUAAUGGCAAUUUCAAUCCGAUUAGUCACAGCGAACUGAACGAUUUGAACUCCAUGUUAAGCCUAUCACGCGUGUCGGAGAGUACUGUCGACCGGACGACUGAGCAAACACAGCCAACCCAAGCCAGUCAGCAGGUGUUCACCGAAGAUGAGAAGGAAACUGGCAAGCUCCAGAGUGGUAUAAACUACAGCCUGUUAAACGAAAUGCUCAAUGGAUACACUGUGGGAAUUGGGCCUUCCGUUCAAACAAAUGGCCAAGGUAUGACGAGAAUACUGCGUAAUGCUCCAACGAACACCUACUCCAAGUCAAACAUGGCCUACGAAACCAACGAUGCAGCAGGCGAUGCGAAUAAGAAUGACAAGAGCACGGGGUCCGUUGUUAGUUACGCUAUUAUUAAACCCGCGGUAGUGCGUAUCGAGGAGAGCCGUGUGACGGAUGUACCGAUACCACUAACAGACGGAAUUGGAGGCAAAAAAGAGAAGGUGAACGAUAUAUUCGUCACACGAAAUACUGAUUAUAAACACCAUCAAAGCGGAUAUGGAGUCACGAAAGCAGGCGGACAUCGAACGCUUUCGGUCAUUGAUAGUGACGAUUCGAGCUACUUCGGUAGCGGGUUCUAUCUACAUAAGAAGAAUUCUGGCCACAUGUUAAAAAACGGAACCACUGCUUUGAGUAUUGGCGGAGGUAGUGAUGGUGGAGGUAUAGGAACUAGUCGAAGAACUGGCGAAGAGGGUGCGUUUAACGGUGGUUUUCUGAACGAUAGCAAGGUGUACAACGCAUUUUCUAAACAACCUAUGCUUUUGACUCGAAAAACGGAUGAAGAUCUGAAGGUGUACCGAAAUCGAAACGGGCCGAUGGAUCGAACGAUUCAUGGACAUUUCAGCAAGAGCUGGGAACCAACCCACCAUCUUGGAGAAAGGCAUGAAGAUAAUACGCUGGAAGAAAUUUUAGGAAGUCGAAUAAAACCAACGAAGAAACAAUCGAACGACUUUAAGUUGGAGGACCUUUUCGGGGCGUUAUCAUUCAGCAAGGAUUCUACCACAGCAAAGUACCCGAACACGGUUCCGUUUGCCAAGAGCUCCACUAAAAACAUCGGAGCUAGCGGAGCGAUAGCGGACAUUUUCGAUAAUUCAGAUGCUAAACCUUCCCAUUCCAGCGCUAAUGUGGUGCCACGGCGAAAAAAUCAGCAGCAAGUAUUUGUUUCAGACACUAGCAAUUUAAGCACCGACAAGUUCAGCGGUAUUAAUCCAUCGUUUAAAUUGUUCCCAUGGGAUGACAUACCGAAAAAUGGAGUCGAAAAGAAGCAGUGGAUCCCUGAUAACGAGGUUUUAGCGUACGUUGGCGCCGGUAAUGAGCACACAGGACGAACGGAUUGGGCCGCUAAGUACCUGAGCAAAUAA